AUGAAUAUAAAAAAUUUAACACGUAAUUUAUAAAAUUAAGAAAAUAAAAAAAAGUUAUAAUGUUACUAAACGUCGAUUAAACUAACACAGGUUAAUCGCGCAUUAUGUUUAAAAUAUCGACAGCAUAUAAAAACUCACCAGCCAAAAUUUUUUUCGAGGUUCUUGGAAUGCAUCUUUAUUUGUAUUAUUACUAUCAUCGUACAUUUUUUUUAAAUUUUUAGAAAUUCACGUCGAUUUGAAAUACACACAGUUAUUACGAGGUAACCGUUGAACUACUCCUUCUCAAGUAAAACGAUCCAUCACUACAAACUUAGCAAACGCUACAACUCUAAAAUGUUUUCUAUUUAUUUGAAAAUAAUAAUUUCCUUCAUAGCGUCUUUUAUUUUUACGGUAUUAUUUAUAAGGUAGGAAAAUUUUCACUCUGUUUUAAUUAGUAGAGAUGUUGUUUAAUCAUUAAUCCCCCCUACUUUUUAUUUGAAAGUACAUGCAACAUAUAUGUACGUGUAAUCCAUAAACGAAUUUUUUUAAAAUAUAAUUUGUGUUAAAACAUUUUUUUGAUUUGUAAUAUUAUUGAAUGGAAAAACCGAAUAUGCAAACAUAAGUUUCAUCUAUAGAUUUAUAAUAAGAUUAUAAUAUAAAGUCUUUGUUUAAUUACACACAUUCCAAAUGGAAAAGACAGAAACCAUUUCCAAACGUAUAUCUGUUUUGAAUUUGUGCUGCCAUAUUUAAGUUGACAUAUUAUCUAACAUUUUAUAAAUAAUCUCACUAAUAUUUCUAUAUUAAAUUUGAGAUAGACAUAAAAUAUUUCAUUAUUCGAUAAAAAUUAUUUCUUUUAAAAUAUUUAUAUGUGUCUUUAAACACGUGUUGAAUGAAGAGGUUAGUGCAGAUAACUAGUAUAUCUACAAAUUUCUGAUAUAUUUACAUCCACUUUGUAAUUAUAAUCUUUUUCGUUUAAUUUUCGUUUAGGAAAAAGAAAGAACUACAAAAAGAAUGCCAUUCUAAGAAACAAAUUAUGGAUAAAAAGAAUAUACAAACUGCUCAGUGUAUGAUCCCAUACACGGAACGUAAUGCAUCUGGUCGCAAUUGGGAAAUAUUUAAAAAUUUAAAAUUUAAUUCAUUACCACUGAAUUCAGAGAUUACUAGCAAAGAGAAUAUUAAAAAGAAAAUAUCUCCACGUCAAAAAUCAAGGAAAAAACAUCAUUCAUCUGUAUCGAAUAUGGAUCAUAUAAUACAUCAUAUAUCACAUAAUGAAGAAAUAGUUUAUGAUGAAAAUAAAAAGAAGCUAACAAAACAGAUAGCGAUAGAUUGUGAAAUGGUUGGCAUAAAGGAUGGCAUUCAAAGCAUGUUAGCUAGAGUAUCCAUUGUGAACCGGCAUGGUUUUUGUGUUUACGACAAAUAUGUGAAACCUAGAGAACCUGUUCAAGAUUACAGAACUAAAGUUAGUGGUAUUAGACCUCAUGAUCUUCAAAAUGGAGAAGAGUUUGAAAUUGUUCAAAAAGAAGUAGCAGAAAUUUUAAAGGGUCGCAUUUUAGUUGGUCAUGCAUUGAAACAUGAUUUUGAUGUAUUGUAUCUUUCUCAUCCAAGAAAAUAUCUACGAGAUACUUCUACAUUUGAAACUUUUAGACAAAUAUCCAAAGGAAAAACUCCUAGUUUAAAAAAACUUGCACUUGAAUUAUUGGGUAAAGAAAUACAAACAGGAGAACAUAAUUCAAUUGAAGAUGCAAUUGCUGCAAUGCAGUUAUAUGUGCUAUAUAAAAAUAAAUGGGAAUCUGAAUUUUAUUCCAAACGAUAAUAUAGAUAAUAUCACUGUGUGAAGAAUCUGCAAAUCAUAUGUACAUAGUAUACACCUAAUGAACAUUUAUUUAAAAAUUUAUCUUUUAAAUACAAAAUUAUAAGAAAUACAGAAAUAUGUUUAUUGUAUAUAAUAAUUGUAUAACUUAAUUAUAUAUCUGACACAUGAAUUUUUUUUUCGAGUUCAUAAGUUUUGAAUCUAUUUUUUGAAUCUUGAAUAUAUUUCUUUUAUCAUACAUAUAUAUGUCUCAUUCGAAUAUCAAUAGAUAAAUAAAAUGUUAUCAGAAUGUAUAAAAAAAUUAUGUUAAAAAUUUUAAAAUAUAUUUCUCUUAUAAUAGAUUUUACAUGACUAUGAUAUUUUUAAACAUUUGCAAUAAGAACGAAAAAUUAUAAUUUUUAUUAUUGUUUCUUAUAAUAUUUCUAUUGAUAGGAAACUUUACUUUCUAUACUAUGUAAAAUGUCUCAUUUGUUUUUAUAUAUUUUUAAUCACUAAUCAAGAUAUUAACGAGAUAAAGCAGGCCCGUAGUUCUGUGGCGGCAAAAUACUGUAAAUGCAUUCUCGAUAGAUCUUUUGUUUUUUAUUUGAAUAAAAACCAUUCUCAUAUCUUUUAUAAAGUAUUUUUAUUUCAGAAAUGUCCGCAGAAUCUGACAUGUAGUCAGUAUGCUGUACUAAUACGUGCUGCAUAA